AUGAUGAAAUCUGAUGAUCGUAGUGUUUCUAAGCAGAGAUUUUACGAAUUUCUCGAGCAAACGGUUUCUGAAAACCCCCAAACGUUUGGUCUUUUUGAUGCGGAACCGUCUUCUAGACCUUCGUCGUCGUAUGUGAACAAAGAGUACGGUAUUGAUGACGAAGACAAAAGCUUUAAACUGUUGUGUGCGGUCGACAUAUCGUUAGGGUACAAGGCUAAGGAAGACAAAUCGAAAAAGGAGGAACCUAGGGUUUACUCAGGGCAGAUUGAUAUGGUGGAGAUGAUGCACGAAGUUAUCGGAGAGAGGCUUCAGAGCCUCUUAGAACGUCGAUACAGAUCAAUCUCUUACGCGGAACCAGAAGGACAAAACCCUAAUCUUGAUUCAGAAUCUUCUCGGUCUUCUCGCGUUCGAGGUCGUUGGUCCAAGGAAAAACGUUCGAUUGAGGUGGAAGAGAGAAGUCGCAAGAUACGCAAAGUUGAUCGUGAUCGUGGUUUAGAGGUUGAACCAAUUCAAAUGACUCCACCGGAGUGGCUUCUGAGGGUGAUGAGGAGAGAAGGGGACAGCUACAAUCCGAAGCUGAUCUCAACGAGGAAACUGUACAAGACUGAUCUCGACAAAAUCCAAGGACGUCUCUCUGUUCCUUUUAAGCAAGUGAAAAGUCCAGACUUUUUGACGGAGGAAGAGACAACACACAUACAUGAAAAUGCGAUGAAGCUUCGUGAUGAUGGUGUGAGUGUGGAUUUGGUGGAUCCUGAGAUGAAAAAGCAUGCCCUUGAACUGAGGAAGUGGAAGAUGAGUGGAAACUGGAAUUAUGUCUUAUGUAGAGGUUGGAACGAUGUGCUUUCUGAUAACAGUUUUGAGGUUGACGACUUCUUUCCUCUCUGGUCUUUCCGAUCUGGAGAAGGAAAACUCUGCUUUGCUCUUGUCCCUUCUUCCAGCCACGGUGACGGCUCUACUUCAGGAGAAUCUGGCCGUGGAAACUUUCUUACUGGCGGUGAUGGCGCUUCUACUUCCGGUGAAUCUGNUCCAGACUUUUUGACAGAGGAAGAGACAACACACAUACAUGAAAAUGCGAUGAAGCUUCGUGAUGAUGGUGUGAGUGUGGAUUUGGUGGAUCCUGAGAUGAAAAAGCAUGCCCUUGAACUGAGGAAGUGGAAGAUGAGUGGAAACUGGAAUUAUGUCUUAUGUAGAGGUUGGAACGAUGUGCUUUCUGAUAACAGUUUUGAGGUUGACGACUUCUUUCCUCUCUGGUCUUUCCGAUCUGGAGAAGGAAAACUCUGCUUUGCUCUUGUCCCUUCUUCCAGCCACGGUGACGGCUCUACUUCAGGAGAAUCUGGCCGUGGAAACUUUCUUACUGGCGGUGAUGGCGCUUCUACUUCCGGUGAAUCUGGUCAGGUACAGUUACCGGUUAUUCCUCCUUCGCUUCCAGCAAGAGAUACAGACCACUCAAGCCAAGGCUGUUCAGGAGAGAGCAGCUCUAGUUCUUCCUAA